AUGGAACGCAUAGCGAAAGUUGCGUCACAGAAGGCAGUGGUGAUAUUCAGCAAGAGCUCCUGCUGCAUGAGCCAUGCAAUUAAGAGACUGUUUUACGACCAAGGUGUGAGCCCGGCCGUGUACGAGCUCGACGAGGACUCCAGAGGAAAAGAAAUCGAAUGGGCCCUUUUACGCCUUGGCUGCAACCCUGCUGUUCCCGCUGUCUUCAUCGGUGGCCGCUUCGUCGGCUCCGCCAAUGCUAUCAUCACCCUCCACCUCAAUGGCUGCCUCAAUAAAUUGCUCAAAGAAGCCGGAGCUCUUUGGCUUUAA